GCGCUCCCGCCCCCGGCGGCCCCCCGCCCCCCCGGCGGCCUCUCCUUCCUGGUGCCGGAGCCGGAGGACCUGGAGGACCUUUACAGCCGUUACAAGCGGCUGCAGCAGGAGCUGGAGUUCCUGGGCGUGCAGGAGGAGUACAUCAAGGACGAGCAGCGGCACCUGCAGAAGGAGUUUCUGCACGCGCAGGAGGAGGUCAAGCGCAUCCAGAGCAUCCCGCUGGUCAUCGGGCAGUUCCUGGAGGCCGUGGACCAGAGCACGGCCAUCGUGGGCUCCACCACGGGUUCCAACUACUACGUGCGGAUCCUGAGCACCAUCGACCGGGAGCUGCUGAAGCCCAACGCGUCGGUGGCCCUGCACAAGCACAGCAACGCGCUGGUGGACGUGCUGCCGCCCGAGGCCGACAGCAGCAUCAUGAUGCUGAGCUCAGACCAGAAGCCCGACGUGGUCUACGCCGACAUCGGCGGCAUGGACAUCCAGAAGCAGGAGGUGCGCGAGGCCGUGGAGCUGCCGCUCACCCACUUCGAGCUCUACAAGCAG